AUGUCGAGGUUUUUGUCCCGAAUAUGGACUCGGGACGUGCUGCGAGCUUUCUGGGUCCAAGACCGACGGGUUCUACACCGAUGUCUAGCUCCCGCUUCGUGUCGGCAGUGGCAGCUGCAGGGCUUCGGUUCGCGCAAACUCACCGAUACGGCAGCGCGCUCGAAGGAGGAAGCAGAGACCGCUGCAGGUGGAGCGCCCCAUGCGCAAACUCAGAGCGAAGUUCUCUCAACUAUUGAGGCGCUAUUGUCGAAACCGUGGACUGGAGAGUUUGAGGCAAACCUUGUGCCACUGGAGCCUCACCUGGAACGAGCAGCAACCAUCUUAGCCCGCGAACAGGCGGACUGGCAGAAAGUUCAAGUCGCUACCGGUCCAAGUCCAACCGCUGAGGCCCGAGCGUUUGUACACGACCUCCAUUUGCUGUUCCUCGUCAAGGAAAUGGCCCCGACAGCGUCUUUACUUGCAGAAACCGCCCUGGACCUUUUACGUUUGCGUAUGGAUGAGACCGGUUUCCUUGGCAGCCAAGUCAAACCGUCCAAGUCACAGCUAGAAAGCGAGAUCGAGGACACAGUUCGUGCCUAUGAGGCAGCAACACGCCGUCUAGAAUCUGCUAAAGAGAAAGCGGUUCGGGAUGCUCCUAUCCGCGAGCCGAUUUGGAACGAGGCCAUACGAAAAUGGGAACUGGAUGUAGGCAUCCACAUCCUGCAGCUGAGGCAAACCAUCAGCAUAGAGGGAUACAGUGAACGGUUCGGAGCGAUUGCAGGGCAUCGCAUUGUUCCAGCUAGAGUGGUGUCCAUCGAGAAAUCUGACUCCACAGGCUGA